UUUUUUCUUUUCUGUUGUUUGAUCUCUCUGCACACUUUGGAUGUGUGAACGAGUUGUUUAUCUCUCACAAAGACUCCCCAAGUGUAACAACUUUUAACACAUUAUCUCGUACCAACUGCUUGUGGCUACGAGUUCUUAACGUAGUACUUGUCUAUUCACAAAGAGACAUCCGACAUGUGGGUCAAUUGCACGUUUUGUAAUUAAACUUUUAAUCCAUUCCAAGCGUUUGCUACAAUAAGAAUCAAAUAGAAUCAUCGCGAUUGUCAGGAAUAAUUGCUUUAAAUUCCUUAGUUCAUUGCGUAUAUACACUAUAGAUAUCGCAAUUCGUUGCGUAUUGUCCAACGUCAUUCGUGGUGCGUACGAAUUGAGAAGAUGUUGCAAAAAAAUGGGAGUCAUGCCAAGUUUCCGGAGGAGGAGACCUACACCUCAAGAGAGACAAGAAGAAUAAGGAACUCUGCCAGGAAAGUCAAUGUGUCUCGUGUCUUCUUGUAAAGUACACUCUCUUUCUCAUCCUUUAUUUUUUUUCCCUCCGCGCUAAGCACACACAUCGUUCUCCAACCAUCAACAGCCAAUCAGGACACGCAGCUAAAUAGACAAGCAUCUUUUCCAGGCAAGCACUGGAUGGGGAGGGAACCUGUAAAAAAAAAAAGAAGAAAAAGUCCAAACUUUCCGGAGAACUAGCCCCUCAAAAAAAAUAAAAUUUGUGUGUGUGUGUGUGUGUGUGUGUAAAAAAGCCGGUGGAUCUUCCGAGAAAGAGUUCAGUGUCGUUCGGGAUCCUCGAUGAAGAUCAUCAUGGACAGCGCUCUACGUUUCGGUGUCAAAAAGAUGGACAGUGGCAAACAGCGAUUGUUGCGGACGCCAAAAUGUGCCCGUUGUCGCAACCACGGCGUCGUCUCUUGUCUCAAAGGCCACAAGAAACUCUGCCGAUGGAAAGAGUGCCAGUGUACGAAUUGCUUGUUGGUCGUCGAGCGGCAAAGAGUCAUGGCUGCCCAGGUGGCUCUCAGAAGGCAGCAGAAUUCCGAGUCGGCGAAAAGCGAUGGCCAAGUGAAACCGAAUCAGAGCAAAGUGACCAAAAGCGCUGAGGCCAUCCUGGCGCAAAAGAAACUCUAUCAGAAGCAUUUGAGGACCCUGCAACAGAGUUCGCUGGCCAGGGAUGUUUUGCAAAAUUAUCGGCAGUGGGUUCAACGCAGCCAUAAUGGAUCUGCAAUCUCACCCGAUGGCAGCGACCAGCAGGCCAAUAUGGAUAAAGGUCUAGCCGUUCCUCCUACUCCGCUAAGUGAACGGAUGCGUAAGAGGAGAGCUUUCGCCGAUCGUGAUCUGGACGCCGUCAUGUUCCAGCGUGAGCAACAGGCCGCCGUUGAACUUCAUCGCGUGAGCGGCAAUAGCCCAGGUGGCGAUACGACUCCACCACCUUCGUCUGGCCAGCUCCAUCCAACGUGCUGGAACGCUCUGCAUCCAAUACGAUUUCACGUCCUACCUUCGCAUCAGCAUCACUUGAUCCAGCAGACGUGUGCGUUGCCUUUUACCGUCAAAACUGAAGCCAAUCCAUUAUUGGAUUCGGACGAUUCGGAUAUCGAAGUGGACGUUACCUCGACUCCUUCCAGUCCACCAUCACCUCGACUGCCUUGCAGUGACAUCAGUGUCAAUGCCAAUAAAAGUAAGAUAUCCUUUUCGGUCGAGUCGAUCAUCGGCCGGCCUUAGACAUCGAGAAGCAGCAACUCGAUUUUUGCAUCCGCCCUAGUCUCGUGUACAUAGGCCUCUCUAUCCAGCACGUGAAAUCAUUUCUCUAUUGUAGGCAGUAUACGUAAAUGACACUUUAAUGACUGUGUUUCUAUUCUCAAACUAAACGUGUUUUGUAACGCCGACGCCUUAUUUAUUAUAAUUAUAUCAAGGAAAUGUUGUGCUGUUGGCAGCGCAGCUUCCGGAUGAAUAAAUUGCUCUAGAAAUUGGCAA